AUGGCCGACCCUCUUAGUAUUGCUGGCUCGGUUGCUGGCCUCUUGGCUACCACUGCCAAGGUGUAUAGCACAACCUCCAAAUUUGUCUCGAGCGCAAUUGACGCCCCCGAAACGGUCACACAAAUGUUUCGAAUCGUCGAGGAGAUGAAGAUGACUCUAGCUUCGGUCCAAACGCUACUUGUUUCUCUGGAUAACGUUCCCGACUCCCGCAAAAGCAUGAUUCAGCUCGAUCAUCUCUCCAUCGUCAUCACCCAUGCUGUCCUUACUCUUUCCAAGCUUGAAUCCAUUAUUUGUCAGCAAGACGGGCUGCGGUCUCGGCUUUGGUGGGCGCUUUGGCACGAAAAGAAGAUCAUCAAUCUCCUUCCUCAGCUUGAGUCUCAGAAAUCAACCCUGGCGGUGAUGAUCACAAUCCUCAAUAGUGAGACUCAAGAAGAAGCUUCUCGCGCUCAAAUGACUAUGCUAGCAAAAGUGGAUGAAGUUCUCCAACAAAAUCGAAAUUUGGCCGAGCUGUUAAAGUUGCUUGAUAGUGAAGCAUCGUGGGACACUAGAUCCGUCAAAUUCAAGGACACUAGUUCUUUGAGGACGAGGCGGACCGUUUACGAUCAAGUGAAUCGCCCUGUCAGUGUCAGUUCCGCUUCAGCUAUCUCUCGGAGGCCACAAUCCUUAGCCGGAUCGAUGGUCAUGACCCUAUCAAAGUGGAACUUCGAGCUCAUUCUUUUUCAAUCGAGGGUAUACAAUCGUACCGAAGGUCGCGAAAUUGACAGAUUCUCAUUCACAACGUCCACAGCCCCGACAACUGGAUGGAGCAUGCUCUCGGGGCUCAGCAUCGGUGACAUUUCAACAGUAUCGGCUUUUAGACUACCAAUUACCUUGAAGGAUGUCAAUAGGAUCGCCCCGGGAUCAACAUUCGCAGUUCUUCUGGCCAAACAUCAUUACGUAGCCGACGAUCGCAUACACAUGGGAUCCUCGUCUUUCUGGAACACAGAGAACAUGGAAUCCUUCACCAUUAUGAUUAUUGGGAACGCUGAAUCUCUCAAGAGCGAAAUGGUCCAUACUUUUUCUAAUUCACAAUCGUCCACCAAGUUCGAACAUAUCCCGGGGUCCGCUCACUCUUCUCGGAGAACGGUACGCUUGCGCGGUGAUUCCUUGAACCUCGAACUGCACGAUAUAUCAGGCCUGAAAGACAAUCCUUUCUUCAGGAGACAGCACUACGAGCUCGCAGACGCGUUUCUUGUCCUCUCCAGGAAGCCCGAGUUGAUGAGGACAGAUAGUUGGAUGUCUGAGAUGUCUGAGAUCUCCACGUAUUGGACAGAUGUUCCCCGUUUCCUCAUUGGCACUUAUCGCAACACCGUUGAAAACAUCAUCCGUGAUGGCUCAUUCGAUAUCUCUAGCUACCGAGGGUUCCAGACUGAACUUAAGUCAGGCGCUGUAAGAUAUCUCGACUGCGAUGUAGACGAUCCUGCAAGCGUCGGAAUGGUGUUUCGACAGGCUUUAUCAGCUGCGAAGUAUCAUCUCGUCAAGUUGAAGAAAGCACGCCGUAGAUGA